AUGAUGUUACAAGAUAAACUAAUAUCCGGUCAAUUCUUACUGGAUUUUCGAAAUGAACACUCCGGCCUAUUGCAAACGUCUACCAAUGUACAUCAGCAACCACCAAAUGGUUUACAUUUACAUCAAAAUUUACAAUCACCCUCAUCGCCAUUCGCUGCUUUAGACAUAUACUCGGCUUAUGCCUAUCAACAGCAAAUACAUCAAAAAUUAUUAAAUACCAAUGCGACGGCCAAUCUAUUGCAUCAAUCAACAAUCUCUUCGAAUAAUGGCGGUGAAGUGUUAGACCUUUCGCGACGUUCAGCAGCAACAACAACACAUAAAACUCCUUCGCCCUAUCAAAACAGUUCGCAUCCAACAUCACGAAUGGAUACACCACCAAGCGAUUCGCCUAAUGCUGCACAGAAACUUUUAUACAAACCAAUAACACCAGUAAGUCACACAAAUACGCCGAAUGACGGUGCAAUUUCAAUAUAUCCAAAAUUGAGCUAUGAAAGCUCCAUUAAAUCAGAAUCCGUAGCGCUUACACCUCCUCCCGUUUUAACGGCAACAAACGUUGCCACCGCUCCAAAAUUCGCUGUUAAUACCGGUUUAUUGCAGACAUUUGCUAAGGCCACUGUAGCAAGUGAUGGUUUAAAUGGGGAAGAGUCAACAAUUCAGCAAAACCAUUCAUCUUCUAGCCCCUAUAACGGUAGCUAUACCGGAUCUCUAACAAAUCUGGAUAAUAAAAAUACUCGACCUUUUAAAGCUUAUCCACGAGAUCCUUUAGUUGUAGCUGCAAAUUUCGCCGCUACUGAUGUUUUAUUAGAUAAUCCACGUGUCGAAUCUUAUACCGAAUAUCGUAAGCGGGUGUUAGAACACAUACGACGUAGUAACGGCGGUAGCGAUACAAUAAGCAAUCCAAAAAUGCGUCGAACAAAUUCACGUAGCUUUAGCUUGACUGAGGACACGUUCAGUAAUACGAGCGAAAAUGAAGAGCGCUCAAUUAAUAUGGAAGACAUAAGUGAUUCCGAUUCGAAUUCUGGUCGAACGAAAACUAAUGAUGCGACCAAUAAUGGCGAUAUCUCAUCUUCAAAAAAUCCCAAUCUCGUUAAUUCGACAACGCAAGUGAAAGAUGCCGCAUAUUAUGAGCGACGUCGCAAGAACAAUGCUGCCGCAAAAAAGUCCCGCGAUCGUCGUCGCAGAAAAGAAGAUGAAAUCGCGAUAUUUGCUAACUAUUUGGAACGUGAAAAUAUACAAUUAAGAGCACAAAUCCAGGCGUUGAAAGCACAAUUAGCCCUAUUACCGCAAAAUAUGCCCCUUGAUGUUUAA